AUGUCUGAACAGGACCUCAGAAAUAAGGAACAGGAUCAGAAUCAGGAUCAAGCAGGGCCUUCUAUCUUCUCUGAUUUGGAAAGAAGCAGCUCACCCCGUGAGGUACAGGGAAGGCAUAGAUUUUCUAGCCCUUCACUGUCAGUCUCCAAUGCAGACAGCCACACUGAAACCUUGGAUGGGAAGACAUCAAGUUUCUUUGCAGCUCUGGAUGCCAGCAUCGAAACUUUACAAAAAAGGGCCCAGCAGCUGAUUGACAGCAUCAAUGAAAGCAGGCAGAAGGACCACACGCUCAUGAGCAACUUCAGAGACAGCCUCAAGAUGAAGGUGUCAGAUUUGGUUGAGAAGUUGGAAGAAAGGAUGUAUCAGAUUUAUGAUCACCAUAACAAGCUCAUUCAGGAGAAGCUACAGGAGUUCUCAGAGAAGAUAGAGAAGAUCAAUAAUUUAGAAACUGAGCUCAAACAAGUCUGCCACACCGUGGAAACUGUGUACAAGGACCUGUGUGUGCAGCCUGAAAUAUGACAACGUCCCAGGAAAAGAAGACCACCUGAGAAAGGAGUUAUAAGUCAGUGAGCAUGAGAACAAAGCUAAGAUGAAAUUAAACA